CGCCAUGACGGCAAAUGUCUUUUCAGCGCUUGACGUUUAAUCGGAACAUGACAUUUUGUGAAUUUAAUUGCAACAAAUGGCAGAUUCUUUUUUCGGAUUCAAUACUGCGCUCGGGCAGGAUGGACUUUAUGGCCCCUUAGAAGAUGAGGAGUUUGGUGAAGAAGAAAAAUACGAUGCAUUCAACGACGAAACAUUCGGAUCUGAGGCUCCAGACGGAGAUUGGGAACAAGAUCAUGAAAAACUAGCACAAAUAACUGAAUCUGCUAGACCCAGUCAUCAAAAUUCAGCCAACACUUCAUGUUCUUCAAUUAAGAAUGAUUCGGAAAUCGAUAUCGAGAACAGCCUCUCCCACCUGGUGCUGGAUGAGAAGGAGGGUAUCAUACCACGACCCGGAGUCUGGGAGAGUCCAACGAAUCUUCCCAUACCAAAGCCGAAACCACCCUUGACAUCCACCUUGAAAAAUGUGUGCACCGUCGAAGAACUGGAGCGAGGUCUCAUUGCCAACAGACCUCCUCCUGGACUCAAGAAACCCUCUCAACCCUCAUCUCACCAACAGUCGGGAGGAUUUUUUGACUCUAUGUCUAUCAACGAACAACUUCAACUCAACGGCAUACCCCCAAGAUUUCCACCGGGCCUCUCUUUGCCUGGCCCACCUCAAGUAGUUCUUCCUCCAAAUCUCAGACUGCCACAUCCGCAAUUCAUGCAGAAUCACCGAAUGCCAAAUCAGGGAGGAAAUCUACUGAGAUAUCCGUUACCUCCACAUUUAAUGAUGCAGCAUGGCGGGCAAAGACAACCGAUGCACGGCAACUUUUCAAUGGCCAAUUUUCCUCCAUCUAAUCCAAACAUGGGGCCAUUGCAGUUCAUGCGACCGGACCAUCCAAUGAUUCCAUUUGCCAACAAUCAGGGGAAUCAUCAGCAGCACAAUCACCCCUUGCAUUCUGCAAAUCAGAGAAAUCAGAAUAGGUCCUUCCAACAUAACGAGCAGCAGGGAAAUCAUCAGCCAUUCUUUAAGAAUAAUCAGUACCCCUACCACAAUCAAAAUCACAAUAAUCAGAGAUACCAAAAUCAACAUCAUGGUCAGGGCAUGAAUGGAUCGAAUGGUCCCAGGGAGUACGAUGAAUACGCUGGUCUCAUGAGCAGCCGUGAAAAGCAGUGGCUAAAUAAUAUUCAGCUGCUUCAACUUAAUACGAACCAGCCUUACGUUGAUGAUUAUUAUUAUACUGUCUUUUGUGAUCGGCAGAAUAAAAAAAACGAAAGUGAAGAUCCAAAUAAGAAAAAUCGCAACAACGGUCAUCAUAAGGAUUCUAGGGACAGGGAGCAGACGUCGCACACGUUUGUAAAAGUGGUUUAUACACCGACGCAGUUUGAGAAUUCUUUAGGUAAACUUCAAUGUGGAAGUGUGACAGCCCCUCGGAAAAUAAUUGACAUGGACAUUGUUCCUAAUAGCGACCCUCAGCAGACGCUACCUCCGCAUCAGAAAGAUACGAAGAAAACACGCCAACUGCUUUUAGAAAUAGAAAGGCUUUACGUUCUGCAGUUAAAGCUCGAUGACGUGAAUAAUCCUUUAGCUUUAAUCGCAGAACAACAACAACAGGAGCAACAAGAGAAUGAUGGCGAACCUAAAGUUGUAAAAAAGACGGAGUCAGAAUUAAUCGCCAUCAUCUUGUCCUCCCUCUUGCAAUUACUGAAAGAAGAUAAAUUAGCUGGAAUGCUUAGUAUUCGGAAGGGCAAGACCCUGUUGCUUCGCUUUCUACCAUAUGUUAGUGUGACUGAAUAUAAAAAUCAACUAGGUGAGCUAUGGACAGGGCUAUUGCGUGGAUUGGCCAUUAUCGGUCGCAGAGAUUCCCACUUAUUGGUAAACUUUUACACGGAAUUUCGGCGAUGGAUUCAUAUCGUAACAGAUUUCUCGAUUCUGCUUCAACUAGCGAAGACUUUUAAGGAAUCUGCCAGUCAGCCGACGAAAACCAAUAGCUUAGCAUUUGCGCUAACAAAUAAGUUUGGUGUCUCGGUUAUCGCUUCGCUCGUGGAACAGGCAGAAGCUUUGUUCCCUUCUGACGAUUCUUCCAUUGAACAAUGGUCCAAUUUCGUCGUAACAGUUGUAAAUUUGAUCGGUGUUACUUCUACCGCUGUUGUACCUUGCGAACCAAUUGCUGUCAAUACCCUAAACCUACACCUAAAUCGUAUUCGGAAUCUGGAAAUCGAGAGGUACAAAGCGUUGGAGCUUUUGUCGACUGACGCGAAUACUUCACGAUAGUGACCUAUGUUUAUCUUAAUCGCUAUUAAAGUAAGUAAAUAUAAGAGUCUGAAAAUGUGAAUUUACCGGACUUUCAAGUGUCCUUGAUAUCUUCGACGAGUAGCUGUAACAUAAUGCCACAACAAAAAAACAAGUCGGAUAUCAAAAUUUUGCACAGUUGUUUCAAAUUCGAUAAACAAGGAGUAAGACAACAUUUGUUAAAUCCGCGAAGCAUUUAUCCACAUCUCGUGCGAGUGGAAUUUUUGUUGGUUCUACUAUUUCACAACUGAGCAGGUGCUUUAGUGUCCUCGUUGCAAUUAAAGCAAAGGAUAUGUUAAUAUAAUUCCUAGGCAUUGUUGUUUUCUAUACAUAUUUUCCAAGUCUUUUGAGUUUCAGUACGUUCACAACUUUAUUUCAUAAAAAAGAGAAAAACCAGAUUUUGUUUUAUUCAGCAUUGUACUUUAAUUAUUUGCACUUGUCUAACCUGGUUUGCAAAGUGUACAUAGGUAAACUUGUAUAUAACUAAUUAUUAUACAUUCAAUUUGUCUGUAGGAAUUACAUAUUGAUUGACAGAUUUAAAAAUACAGAAUUAUGCAGAAAUGUGAGCAUAUACAAAAAAUCAGGUGUAUUGUUUGAAAAUCUCACAAAUGAUUUCGCGACUUUGCUAUAAUUGCAACGGAAUCCUGAUGUUUCAUGGAUAUCGCUUUUGUAAGAAAAUACUGUCAUGUAAUAUUUUUAAAAAACGAGAAAUAUCACCUACUCUUGCAAUAUUACCAUGUUUCUCGAAACUUUAUGCGCUGUUAAUGGCCUUUUUAUAAGAUCGAUGAUAUGAGUCUUUUUUUUCACUUAUCCGUUAAUACUUUAUUACUGUAUGUACGUGUAGCUUGUACAUAGUUACCAAUAUGCGAAUGAAUGAUUAUGUUUGUAAUUUGCCGCGAAAGAGCAUAGAAUGUUCUUUUUCGCACUGGGGACAUGUAACAUAAGAUUUUCCGAAGAACCAUACAAAAGACUUAACAAAAAGUACAGAUUACGCAGUCUGAUAUUGGUAAUUGACUUUUUUUACGAAUCAUUAUUUUUAUUCUAUUCAUAUUAUUAUUGUAUGAUAACUCUCAUUUACAAUGGGAAUUUUGUCUGAUUUGAUUUCAAGAAUUGCUUUUGUUUCCUUUCUUUUGAAUUGCCAAGGAGCAGUACAGUAGAUCUUAAGAUAACAGGAGGAUAGUUUUUGCAUGUUUUUAGGGUAUAACGAUUCUUACAACAUGAGUUUAAUGUCUACGAUUAAGAAUUUUUUAAAUUAGAUAACUAUUUGAAUUCCUCAUAUUGCAAGUUUCAAUUGGCUCGAUGGGUUACGACAUAUUCUUCUUACAAUGUAACCGGGCCUUUAAGAGAAGGUAUUUAAGACUCGAAAAAAGGCCUUAGACGCCACCACGUAGUCUAUAUUCUUUGAAUUUGUAUUAAACUAGUCGCAAUAUUUCAUUGAAACUUGCACUAAGUGGUGAAAUAGAUUAACUAAUGGCGAUGCUUUAACUUAAAGUUUUAAAAUGUCGUCAAAUUCAAGAUUUAAGUUUAUCGCACGCCUUGACUCGACCUAUUUAUCAAUAUGUUUCAAAAAUAGGCAGUUACUUGUAGAUUUAACGUCAAGAGAUUAUUAAUUCUGAGUCACGCGAACCAUCGACUCAAUUUUUGAAUAGAAAUAUUUGCAUCGAGAGGCAAAAAUACGCAGAGCGGCCGAACCUGGAAUUUUUUCUGGUAUUUAAAAAUAUUGCUCAAAAAGAACUGUCUCAUAUUUCACACGUUUUAGUUAAUUACUUACUUAAAUCAAAAUUACAUUCGCCGUUAAAGUAAAUUUCGCAUUGAGAGAUCGCAUGUGUAUAACUUUUGGAAUUUAAUGUUCUAUAUACUGGGGCAUAAUUGUUUCAGAAGCGGUUAUUUAUAACUUGAUCAGUAUCUGCGUGUGUGCUAAUUGACGAAAAUAGAUAAUAAAUAUACGAGAAAGAAAUUGUUUUUUAUAAAGGAAAGCAAAGGAAAAAUUUCACUGUACCCUUAUACGACCGUGCAGCGUCAUUGUCUAAAAGUUACCCAAAUUGUUAGAUUGGGAAAUGUUGCGUUUACAUUUAGAGAUAUAUUUUUGUAGUUGUACUAAGUUUUUCUUUUUCAUCAAACUGUAACGGACACAAUACAAACAUAACUUUAACGAUUGGUAUUAUACGUUGUGUAACUUUCAUUACUUUGUUGUAUUUUCAACAUUUAUCGGAUAUAUUAAAAGAAGGAAAGAAAAGAUUUAUGCUACCAUUGUACAUUAAUGAUGCUGCAGAAAGAAAUAAGUAUAGUUAUUCUCUGUGUACAGAAGUCACCUAAUUUGAAAUCAAAGUCAGAAAUAAAUGUUUUGCAUCCAA